AUGGGCAGCAGUACCGGUCAACGCCCACUGACGGAGGUGAGCCCAAUGGCCCAACGGCGAAAUUCUCCGAGCUGGAGCCAGAGUACCAAAAUGACGAAAACCCACGAAUCGUCACCGCACGAGAUGCCAUCCUCGCCGCGUCUCUUCUGGAAGGGCCGUGAGUCGGGUUCUCCCUUCCCAAGAAGCUCCGAGAACCAGACCCCCUACGACCCCGAGGCCUCAUUUUCUCCUUCCAAGCGCCCCUCCCUUGAGAACCUUAAGCGCGCUUCGAGGGUCAAAAACAACAACAUGUUCCGCGGUUACAACCAGGAGUACGACCCCGCGAAUGUAUAUGUUCCACAGAGGCCCUUGGCCACCAGUCGCUCGCCGCAGAAGCAGGGACCGAACGUGCCCCAAGCGCGACUAUCAGACAUCCAAGAUGGCAGCCAAAUCGGUUCCAGACCCCCGUCCCCGAGCAAGGACCAGGUUCCCCCCGCCAAGUCAUCUCUGUCUCGAGCGAGUCGCUUCGGCGCAAAGGAUGCAUUCGACCCCGAGAGCGAAAUCUGGUCCGAUAUUGAUGGAAGUCGGCAUGCCAAAAGCGUGACCUUCGACGCCGCGCCGCCACAGGUGAACGAGUACGAGAUGACCACGCCUGACCCGUCCUCCAUCGCCUCCGGGUCCCGUGAAGGAAGUUAUGAUUCGGAGGAAGACGAAGGCGACAUCAGUUUUGACCGUGAAUCCUCCCUUGACCGGGACGACAGCUUCGAUGCUUCCUUGGAGGACCUCGAGAAGACUCCUGUGGUCUUGCCGGAAGACUGGCGCUACAUGAGCCCCGCCAAUGCCAACGACGACCUGGUGAAGGAGGAUGAGGAUCCGUUUACGGAGGAUGACGAAAGCCACAGCCCCGAUCCGCGACCGUCCUCCCACCAAGGACCGCCUGUCCAGCAUUCCCGUGUUGAGUCGCUAGAUUCAAAUGGCGAGCGCCGCCCUCUUCCCCCUCUUCCGCCUACAAACCGCCCGUCGUUUUCCCAGCAUGGUUCGUCCCCGGGGAAGCUGGCUGCAGCCUUCGAGCUGGGAAGCGGUGGUCAACGUGUUCUGCCAUCCCCUCCCGGCCCAGCCACGUACAGCAAGUCCGACAUUACCGACCGUGCUCAUGCGUCCAUGUCAUUGGAGGAUAGACUGCGUUUGAUGAUGAUUCAGGAAAAUGAGAGGAAAAACAAGGAUAAAGACCAUGCGGAUGCGCAGGUUGCCCAGCCGAAUGCGGAGCAUGAGGAGGAAGAGGAAGAGGAAGAGGAAGAGGAAGAGGAAGAGGAGGAAGACUGCGAAACCCAGGAUAAUGAAUCAACCCCGAGAGAGGCUGCAGAAGACUCAGAGGAAGAGGCCACCGAGGUAUUCUCACCCCCCCGGAUCUCCAGGGAUUCCAUUCUCCGAGAUCUCCGGAAGAGCGAGAGUUUCCUUGACGACUCUUUCGAGGACGUGUCCCAGAUCGAAUCGAGCCCUCAUCAUUACAUGCAUUAUGACCCUGAUGUCCCUAUCCCAUCCCUUGAGGACAAUGACGACGAGUAUGACGACGACGACGAUGAUGACCAAAGCAGCGUGGUGAUCAAGCCAGAAGAGCACGAUGACGAUCUUUAUGACAUACCGGAUUAUUAUGAAACGAUAAAAUCACAGAGUUCUUCUUCCAAAAGCCUGAAAGAUCAUCUGGUCGGCGAUGACGAGGUCAGCCAUCCAAGCUUGCCGCAGGAAGAGGACAUGGCGCCGCAGAGCGGGUCGCAAGAGUCCGAAGACAGGCAGCCAACACCCGUUCCCGAGGUGCGAGAGGAAGCUCCCGCCGAACCGUCGAAAAAUCAACCAGAACUAGAACCUCAAGAGAAUGAACUGCCCGCCCCGAAGAUGGCAGCUAUGAGAGAGGCACUGCAGCGACCAGCGACGCCAGAAGACCAUCACCAGAUAUCCGAGCCCUCGACUCCCGAGUCUGUCAUCCGGCAUCCUGUUGAUGAAGAGGUCAGCGAUGACGAGGUUUCUGCUGAUGAGGAUGUACCGGACCCCAUUGCCACGGUCAAAGCCCCCGGAACUGGUUUGAAAACCCGUCCAUCCCUGACACCUGCCGAUAUGGAACAAAUGGCCGCCACCCGUCGCAAGGUCAGCGGGCAGCUGCCUCCAUCCAUGCCACACCUGAGCAAACAGAAUUCGAACGAUUCGCAGGCCUCCCAGGCCUCCCAAGGCUCUGACGGCUCUGCCCCUGACGAACCUGCCGCAGCCCAGCCCGCAAAGGAACCUACUCGCAGACAACCAAGCUUGAUGAAAUUGGAUAUCCCAUUCAGCAUCCAGGAAGAAGAGAGCCUUGGAUUUGAUAUGGACAAGGAAUUUGACCGAGUCAUUGAGUCCCAAAAGGUGGCGUUUGAGCAAUCCCUAACCCAACUCCGAAACACUCCGUCCACCACUCACCCCCAGGAACCCCUGCACCAUGGACCAGGAGCCUAUUCUUUGGAUUCUGGACUGUCCACUAACCAGCAUAUCCCUAAACAGAGAGGUUAUCUCAUGCGACACAACACGAAGGUUAUCAUCGCCAGCAGCCGCAACGAGGACGAAAGUGCCCCGGCCGCCGGGGACACACCCACAGCGGCCCGACCCGCACCAACGCCGCGCAAGCCCAGUCAACAGACAUGGACGACGGUGCCUUGGAAUGGCCAGACUCGCCGUGCGAGUAUGAGAACCUCCAGCGGGAUGGUCCGCAAGAAGCCCGUCACGGGGCCUGCACCGCCGCUUCCAGGCCAACAGAGCAGCGUUCAAGAGCCCCCGGCGACCAUUGAGGAGACCGAGCCCGCGUUGAACGGUGCCUUGGACGAAGGCGAAGAGCGUGGUCGCCUCUUUGUCAAGGUAGUUGGAAUGAAGUAUCUCGACCUGCCCCUUCCCCGAGGCGAGAGAUCGUACUUCGCCCUCACGUUAGACAACGGUCUUCACUGCGUCACCACUGCUUGGUUGGAACUGGGAAAGACUGCCCCCAUCGGCCAGGAGUUUGAGCUCAUCGUGCAGAAUGACCUUGAGUUCCAACUGACUCUUCAAAUGAAGGUGGAUGAGGAGAAGUUCCGCACACAGGAGCCUGCGCCGCCUGUAUCCCCCACGAAGCAGAAGGCGUCAACCUUUAGUAAGAUGUUUGCUUCUCCCCGUAAGCGCAAGGAGCUCGACAUGAAACAACAACUUGUGUCCCAGCAAAACAAGGCUCGAGAUGUCAACGCACCUGUGUGGGAGCGGCUUCGAACCCUCAUCGCACGUGACGGAAGCUUUGCCCGCGCCUAUGUUUCCCUCAGUGACCAUGAGAAGCACGCCUAUGGCCGGCCCUACACGGUGGAUGUGGCAUGCUUCAACGAGUGGGCUGUUGAAGAGCAGCCGAGCAGUGUGAAGAGCAAGAAGAGCACCACAAGCACAUCAUCCCAGCGGCGGCCUCCCUACAAGAUCGGAAAACUGGAGCUUCAACUCCUCUUCGUGCCGAAGCCGAAGGGUGCCAAGGACGACGACAUGCCCAAGAGCAUGAACGCAUGCAUUCGGGAAAUGCGUGAAGCCGAAAGCGUGUCCGCUCGCAGUUGGGAAGGAUUUCUCUCUCAGCAGGGUGGUGACUGUCCGUUCUGGCGUCGUCGUUACUUCAAGCUGCAGGGCUCCAAGUUGACCGCGUACCACGAGACCACCCGUCAGCCUCGCGCGACCAUCAAUCUGUCCAAGGCCGUCAAGCUGAUUGACGACCGGUCCUCCCUAGUCCAAAAGGAGACCACCACCCGGGGAGGUGGCCGUCGCAAGUCCGCGUUCGCCGAAGAGGAGGAGGGCUACAUGUUUGUCGAAGAAGGGUUCCGGAUCCGGUUCGGCAACGGCGAAGUGAUUGACUUCUACGCCGACAGCGCGGCCGACAAAGACGGCUGGAUGAAGGUGCUGGCGGACGCCGUGGGCAAGGGAUCUUCUGGCAGCAGCCAAGUGAAGGCCUGGACCGAGGCAGUUCUCAAGCGGGAACGCAGCAUGAAGGUGAAAAGGGAGACGAUGGACCGGCCCCCUCAUCCCGCGGCGCCGCCCCCGCCGCCGGCUAAGGAUCCGGCCCCUCCGAUGACCCCGACGGCGCCGGCGCCGCCCGUGGGUCGUCCUCGACACAAGCACACCCUGUCGCAGCCCGAAGUUCGCGGGGCGGACGCUCGCCGGCAGAAGACGCGCUCCCUGAUGUUCUAG